AUGGAAGCAAGUUAUGUUUACUCUAAAAAACGCUCCGAAUUCGGGAGGCAGUGUAACUUAAGCGACAAAAAUGCUGAAGUCCUGAUAGAAAUAUUACCGGAUGCAGAGUUGUCUCAAAAGUUUAUCGAAAUGAAUCCUGUAGACAAAGGUGUUCAGUGCUCACAAGAAAUGUCUGAACACGAAGUCAAUACUGAAAGGUACAGAUCAGAAACACAUGGAAUGAAUCACACGGAGGGUGGCUGGCCGAAAGAUGUCAAUCCGCAGGAACCUGAUCAGGUAAUUAGAUAUCGAAAGAAAGUUGAGAAAGAAGACGUCUAUAUUGCGACAGUUCAUAAACUAGGAAACAUUAUGGAACAUUGUAUUAAACAAAAUAAUGCCCUAAACAUAUACGAGAACUACUUCGAUGACGUGUAUCUAAAUGCUUCUGAAGAUUCCCUAUCUGCAAAGACUAUAAACGUUCUAAAAGACAUAAACGAUUAUAAGCGCAGCGUUGCCUACUUAUCCUGGUUUACAGAUGGUCCAACGAAAUUAGCAGUUGCUUACUGUAACAUGGAGUUUCAAUCUCAGUCCCUAUCGAAUGAUUCAUAUAUAUGGGACUUAAACAAUCCCAAUAGACCAGAGUUGAUACUUAAACCAGCUUCUCCUCUUGUUUGUAUAGAAUACAACCCUAAAGACUCUCAUACGUUAAUUGGGGGAUGUUACAAUGGACAGUUGGCUUUCUGGGACAGGCGUAGGGGCUCACUCCCAGUUGAAUUAUCUCCAGUUGAGCAUAGUCAUAGAGAUCCUGUCUGGAAAACGCUGUGGAUACAAUCGAAAACUGGUACUGAGUGUUUCUCCACUGGGACCGAUGGACAAGUUUUCUGGUGGGAUGUUAGAAAGAUGUCUGAACCUACAGAAUUUCUUUACCUUGACCCUACCAAAAAACAAGACAUUUCUUGUGCUCAGGGUGCAUAUGCACUGGAGUACGAAUCUACAAUGCCAACGAAGUUUAUGGCUGGAACCGAGCAGGUAAGUUGACCAACCCUAUCUUUUAUAAAAAUGUGACAUCCUUAUCAGAAACUAUUUCUGGUGCAGAAACUUUAGGAUCUUGCUUCACAAUCCAACUUGUUGGUUGCUAGGUAAGAUGAAUUCGGACUCGUACCGACUUAAGCACAUGGUAAACUUUUGCCCGGCCGUUGUUGCUACCUUGACGUGGUGGUCGGGCUUGCCCAUCGUGAUGAAGCAACCGAGUUAUACUGGCUGGAACAAUCGUUCCUCAAGGUUCUACAAUGACUGACAGGUCGGUUGAAGAGCGGUACGACUAAAAGCAGCAAACCCAAGGUCCGAGGGUGAAUUUGCACUACUAACUGUAAAAAAGUGUGACAGCAGUAAGGGGUUUCUCUCAGACAACCAGCAUAGCAAUGAUACUGCCUUCCC